GCUGGGAAGAGGAGGGGUUGUUUAGGACCAUGAGGAGCACAGUCAGUGUGGAGUGAGGCGAGCAUGGGAGAAGAGUAGUGGAGCGUCGUCUUCUGGAGCUGCGCGCUGAUCCUGGUGAUGCUGCUGCUCAAGUGUUGCAUGCUGAAGAGUCCCGACGCUCUGUGAGAGAGCAUUCAAGGAUGAUAGGAUGAAGGUUGGCAACGAGGGGAAAUAAAGAUGAAGAUAAGAGUGUACCAAGGGGUUAGUGGCAUCAUCAUCGUCACCAUGGUUACCAGUUUUAUGUUGGUGUACAACAGCAGCUCUGGUGACCGAUCAUCUUCGUCAUCGCCCCACCGUUUAGAUGCUGCUCUUCCAUCCACAAAGACGCCAGGGAGGCCGCUGAGACUCCCAAAACCACCACUGGAGGGGUACACAGGUGUCAUGGAUCAGAAGCCUAUGAAGAUGCACUGCAGGACUUGUGCUCUGGUGACCAGCUCUGGCCAGCUAACUGGGAGCAAGAGAGGUGAAGAAAUCGACCGCUCUGAGUGCGUAAUCCGAAUGAAUGACGCUCCGAGCAUAAACUACCAGCAAGACGUUGGUCAACGCACAAACCUGCGUGUUGUAGCUCACUCCAGCCUGCAGAGGGUGCUGCGGAGCCGACAGGAGCUGCUCAAUGCGAGCCAAGACACAGUGUUCAUCUUCUGGGGACCCAGCAGCUGCAUGAGACGGGAUGGAAAAGGCCACGUUUACAACAACCUCAGGCUGUUGAACCAGCUUUUGCCUAAACUUAAAGUCUACGUCAUUUCUCGAAUCAAAAUGCUGAAGUUUGAUGAACUGUUUAAAAAGGAAACAGGGAUUGAUAGGAAGAGUUCCAACUCCUGGCUGAGUACUGGCUGGUUCACCAUGGCCAUAGCUGUGGAGCUGUGUGACAAGAUCAACGUGUAUGGCAUGGUACCACCUGAUUUCUGCAGAGCUUCCUCUCAUCCCUCUCUGCCUUAUCAUUACUAUGAGCCCUCGGGGCCCGACGAGUGCUCCAUGUAUCUCUCCCACGAGAGGAGCCAACGAGGAAGCCACCACCGCUUCAUCACGGAGAAGGCAGUGUUUGCAAACUGGGCUCGAACCCUCAACAUCCAUUUUCACCAGCCAGACUGGAAGCCAGCUACUCUCACUACCAGCAUGAAUAGCUCAUACACUCCAGUUCCAGCUGGAUCCUGAGGUUCUCUGAAGAGACGGCCCCCAGAAGUGUGGAAUAUGUGAAGGGUUGUGGAGGGUUUCCAGCGUGCUCCCUCUUUCUGGACAAUAUGAAUGUAUUAGACAGCAGUAGGACAGAACGGAACAGGCAACUGUUGUGGCUGAGCAGCUUGGCAGAAUAUUAUUGCGUAAGAAAGAAGCCCCAACAAUGUUUUGGAAGUGUAACUGUAAAAGGAGGAAUUUAAUUCUGAAAUCAAAGCCAUGGAGGCUGGCUCAAGUGUUAGUUUUUUUAAACUCUGUGUAGAGCUGCUUUAACAACACUCGAGCUGUCUGAGAGGAGACAAACAAUGAGGCAGAACACCACUGCAAUAACCGCAGUAUGACUGAUUCAUUUCCAUAAACUCAAUACAGAUUCAGUGAGGACACUGAGGUCAUGUCCUCACUAUUCUAGAUAUUUGGCAGUUUUAAUGAACCUGACAAGGAGUUUAUAACUUUACAAUCACACACAUUAAACAGUAUUUUUUUUUCCAAAUCUGACUGUGAUGUUUUUUGUCCCUUUGUUUAAAAUCUUCAACAAUUGUGACCCUUUUCAACAAUACAAUAUUCAUAAUGCAAACAGCAAGGACAACACAGACAAAGAAAAGGGUGACAGUUGAAAUAUUUGGGUUUAUAGUAAGUAGUAGUAGUAUAGUUAAUAGUAACAUACAACCUAUUCAUACUUCUACUGUAUAUGUCAAUGACAGAACAAAGCCAUCACGUUACACCAAAUAUUGCCAAAAAUGGAUUUUGGGGUCUAUUGUAAUAGUAUUUCAAUUAUCAAUAAUGUAUUAAUAUUUUUUGUCUUUUGUCUAUUAAAUGUCAGAAAAUGCCCUUUACAAAUUGUUAGUUCUAUGUGAGGUUUUCACAUGUCUUGUUUUGAUCUGACAGUGAAAAUCAAAGAUUUAUAAACAGUAUAUACACAUGAUGCUUUUAUAUAAACCCCAGUGGUCCCCUGAUACCAUAUCUGAAGUCUCUUACCCAAAAUUCAGCUUUGGUGCAGAAUUCCAGCCACGACAGCCAGUCCCACAAUGAGCUUUCCUUAGUAUGUGUCAUUUCUGAGUCUGUAGCUUUUGAGGAGGAGAGAGGGGGGGUUAAGUGGAGGCUUGGGGUGUGUCCUUGACCAACUCCAACUUUGCUAGUUUGAAAGCCAUGAUGUCCCUCUCUCAUGGGCGGGCCUAAUUCUCUAGGCGGGCAAAACAGAGUAAGGGGAAGUAACCUUGCCCCUUCUGACCUCAUAAGGAGCAAGAUUCCAGACUAGAGCAUCUGAGCUUUCAUUUUCUCAAAGGCAGAGCAGGAUACCCAGGGCUCUGUUUACAUCUAUCGCCAUUUCUACCCACUAGUGGGCCUUAAGCAGGCUGGGGAAACUCAUAAUAAUGUUAGAAAACCAAGUGACAUUAUCAUGCCAUGGGACCUUUAAU